AUGGAGACCCCCGGCGCGCAAGCGGCGCAAGCGGCUUGCGCCGCCGUGCUGCGGGCGGCGGACACGGAGGAUUUGUUGGGCAGGCUGGGCUCCUCGGAGCUGGUGAACGUGGUGCUGGACCUUCUGAGCACCUGCGAGGUACGGGAGGAGCCAGUGCCGGGCCUGAAGUGCCGCAUCCUCUUCCGGUCCUUUGACUCCAAUGCCUUCGUUAAGAAGGAGGGUGCGGCUGCGGAGCCCUUGCUGCGGAGCUUGUCGGGGGAGAAGGAUCUGAGUUUGGAGCUGCUGCUGGAGGACACGUUCCAGAGAUACCUGAGAAAUGUGCCCGCAGACUUCCUGGUGAGCGGGAACGACCCGGCGAAGUCCCGAAGGAUCGCCGGCGCCGCGCUGCUCACGCUGCCAGGCCCGGAGGGUCUCUGCCCCUGCGGCGUCGCCAGUGUGGAGCGCGCCUUGCGCAGCGCCUUUCAGCUGGACGUGGCGCGAGGCAGCAUCCUGGUGGCGAGCAAGGAGGGCCUCGGGCAGUCGUACUCUUUGGUGCGGAGGGCUGUGGAGUUGCUGCAAGUCUUUGCGCUACCCAUCCAGACGCCGCUGCCGCCCGAGGCUUCCACGCUGCGCGGCGUGCCGGAUUCCAAAGAGAUCCCCUGCGCGGCCGGGGCCGCGUUGGCGCUGGGCUCCUGGUCUGCUCCCAAGUUGACACGGCCUCGCAGCAUGCGCUUCUGUCAUGCGCGCUUUGCCAGGUGCCGCAACGGCCAUCUCUCCGCAUGGUCUCGGAACCUGAACUUCCAGCUGCGCGGCAGCGCCGCGGCGCCGCUGCGCCGCUUCGGGGAGAUGAGGCCCACCAACGGCUGGCCGGAGCAGCGCUUUGGGUGCCUCCCUGAUGUGCUGGGCCAGGCAUGCGGCUCGUCUGCUACGGAGCAGGGCGCGGCAGCGUCGGACGCGGUGGCCGCGAUCCUGCAGAGCCUGGUGGAUCUGGACGCCGCCCUUGGAAGCUCCGAAUAUUUAGAACUAUCAGUCCUCGGACAUCAAGUGCUCCCAGAAAGAAGGGCUUUCAGUUGA